AUUUGCUACAGCAAUAGACUAUUUGAUUGCUUAGCUAGUUAUAUUAUGAAGCGCUGCAAACUUGACCUAUGGGCAAAAGUGUUAAGCAACAGUAAUGAAUGGAGGCAGGAAUUGAUUGAUCAAUUAUUUCCCGUUGCCAUUACGAGGCAGCAUAAUAGCGACGAAAUUACUAUAAUCAUCAGAGCAUUGAUUGCAGCUAAUUUGCACUAUGAAGUAAUUAAAAUUAUAGGGAAACUAAUCAAAGACAAUUCAAUAUAUGCUGAGAACGAAACACUGCAGAAUUUGCUGAUUUUAACAGCUAUGAAAGUUCGUCAUCAAUAUUUAUUGGACUUUAUUACAAACCUUCAACAUUACGAUCACAUUGAAAUUGCCACAGUUGCUACAAGAAAUCGUUUCUAUCAUGAGGCUUUUAUAGUAUUAAAAAAGUUAAAGAGCAAGGCAAUAGCAAUUCAGGUCUUAAUCAAUAAUGAAUCAAGUCUAGCGUAUGCUUAUCAGUUUGCAGAGUAUUGUCAAGAGCCAGUAGUGUGGAGCAUUUUAGGCAAGGCUCAACUAGACUCUCAUCUGAUUAAGGAAGCUAUCGAUUCUUACAUUAAAGCUAAGGAUGUGUCUGCGUAUAAAAAAAUUGUUUCAGAGGCUCAAAAAGCAGGUCAUUUCCAACAUUUGCAACGUUAUCUACGUAUGGCUGAGCUAAAUACUUUCGAUGCAUUGAAAGAGGACUUAAUGUAUUAA